AUGGCGCGUCGAAAGCACAGAGCGACCCCGCCGUCUGCAGCCGCCGAGAAAUCGGAUAACCGGCGUCACUUAAGCAUGGAGAGGUCGGCUUACUUCGCUAGGAGAGAGGCGGCGAAGGUAUUGAAGCUCGUUCUCCAAGGAGACGCCAAGCGCCAGUCCGUCGGCUCCAUUAAGACGCUCGUUUACGGUCCCUCAGUGAGGAACAAGAAAGGCACGUUUGCUUUGAUCUGUCAAACCCUAAAGUAUCUUUUGAUAAUCCAAGACGUGUUGAAGGCCGCCGACGUAUUGAAUAGCAAGUGGAAGAAGCAAGACGAGUUAGUAUACAUAGUCACCUAUGAUAUUCUUUUUGGCCAGGUGAGUUCAUCAGCGGUCGGGGAUGCGGAGAAGUUUCUCAUGCGUCGCAAAGAGGCUCUGCAGGCAGCUCUAGCGCGGCUUUUAGUGAAGAAAAAAGUGAAGAGUGUGGAAGAGUUUAUAGCUCUUUAUGAUAUACCUGAUAUUUCAAAUCCUCGUUAUGUUCGUGUAAAUACUCUGAAAAUGGAUGUUGAGACUGCCGUCCUUGAAUUACAGAAGCAAUUCAAGGUUCAAAAGGAUGACCUGGUUCCUGACUUGUUGGUUCUUCCACCGGGUAGUGAUCUCCAUGAUCAUCAUCUAAUAAAGAAUGGAAAUGUCUUUAUGCAAGGAAAGGCAAGCUCUAUGGUGGCAGCAGCCCUUGCUCCAAAACCAGAAUGGGAGGUUCUCGAUGCAUGCUCAGCUCCUGGAAACAAAACUGUACACCUUGCAGCUCUUAUGAGAGGAAAGGGAAAGGUCAUAGCAUGUGAGCUGAAUGAAGAAAGGGUUAAACGUUUAAAAGAGACUAUCAGACUCUCUGGUGCUUCUAAUAUUAAGGUUGUGCAUGGAGAUUUCUUAGACUUAAACCCUGAAGAUCCUCCAUAUUCCAAGGUGCGCGCCAUUCUCUUAGAUCCUUCCUGCUCUGGAUCUGGGACUGCUUCUGCAAGAUUAGAUCAUUUGCUCCCAUCUUCUGCUCCAGGUCAAGCUGCUGAUUUUACCAGCACAGAAAGACUGAACAAGCUUGCGGCCUUCCAGAGAAAAGCUCUAGCUCACGCUUUAUCUUUUCCGGAUGUUGAGAGAGUUGUUUACAGCACAUGCUCUGUCAACCAAGUUGAAAAUGAAGAUGUUGUUAAAUCUGUUCUACCACUUGCUGCAUCCAAUGGUUUUCAACUGGAAACUCCCUUCCCAGAAUGGCACCGCCGUGGUCUCCCGGUUGUCGAGAGCGCUGAAUGCUUGCUUCGGACUGAUCCCAAGGAGGACAAAGAAGGCUUCUUCAUUGCUCUGUUUGUCAGGAGGAGCUCUGGGAAUCAGUCAGAGAAACCUAACGCCGACGGACACACUCACAGAGCUUCGACGGCAAAGAGAAGUUAUGUGGGAGCUCAUCUCAAUCUGUUUAAAAUGUUUGCACAUGCGCAUUUGAGUCGGCGUAAUUGUAGUCAUUGCGAUUGUUGUUAA